AUGGAUAGAAGAAUUGAGGCUAGGAGAAAAGAAUUUAAAAAAAACUGCGAUGACACAAGAAGGAAAAGAGAAGAUUUGGUAGUUCAAAUAAGAAAACAACAAAGAGAAUGUCAGUUAGAAAGUAAAAGAGCCAUGAUAAUGGAAAGUAUAGGCUUUGAAGAAAAUUCCACAUAUAAUACUAACUAUUUAAAAUCAAAUCAAAAUGAUUCAGUCAAUGAUUCAUUAUAUAAUACGUCAUCAAAUAAUAGCUCAAAUACAUUAGAAAUGCUAAAGAAAAUUCCAUCCUUAUCUAUAGGAGUAAGGUCAUCUGAAUAUGUAACCCAAUUAAACAGUACAAGAGAGUUAAGAAAAUUAUUGUCUAUUGAAAAAGGGCCACCCAUACAAGAAGUAAUAAAUUCAGGAGUUGUUCCAUAUAUAGUAGAAUUUCUAAAAUACGAUGAUAAAACUGAUUUACAAUUUGAAGCUGCUUGGGUAUUAACAAAUAUUGCUUCAGGUUCUCAAGAACAAACAAAAGUUGUAAUUGAAAAUAAUGCUGUACCACAUCUUGUUAGGUUAUUAAAUAGCGAAAAAGAGGAUGUAUGUGAACAAGCUGUUUGGGCAUUGGGGAAUAUUGCAGGAGAUUCAGCUGAAUGCAGAGAAUUUGUAUUAAAUCAAAACUCGUUACCUUUACUUUUAAAAAUUUUAAGAACUAGCCACAAGAGAACAUUAAUACGAAAUGCUGCUUGGACAUUAUCCAAUUUAUGUAGAGGUAAACCUGCACCUAAAUUUGAAAUUGUUUCCAAGGCAUUACCAACCCUAGCUGCAUUAAUUUAUAAUGACGAUGAAGAAAUAUUAACAGAUGCUUGUUGGACAUUGUCCUACCUUUCUGAUGGUUCUAAUGAUAACAUUAAUGCUGUUUUAGAUGCAGGAGUGGCAGAACGAGUAGUUGAAUUACUAAGUCAUUGCUCAUUUUUAGUUCAAACACCUGCACUAAGAACUGUUGGAAAUAUUGUCACAGGAGAUGAUCAACAAACAGAUGUUGUUGUUAAGCUGGGUGCAGUUCAAAAAUUGUCAUGUUUACUGAAUUCAUCAAAAAAAAGUAUAAAAAAAGAAGCAUGUUGGGCUUUGUCCAAUAUUACUGCUGGAAAUAUCCCGCAAAUACAAGCAGUAAUAGACAAUAAUGUUAUACCACAACUUAUUAACAUUUUAAUGAAAGAAGAUUUUGAAGUUCGAAAAGAAGCUGCAUGGGCAAUAUCCAAUGCAUCUUCAGGGGGGUCUGAAUCACAAAUUGAAUACUUAGUAGAAUGUGGAGCUAUACAUUCAUUAUCCAAUUUGUUAGAUGUAGAAGACGCAAAUAUAAUUUCAGUAACAUUAGAAGGAUUAGAAAAUAUCCUAGAAAUGGGAGAAAAUAAAAAGGUAAGGGAUGAACUGCCUGCAAAUCCGUAUGUACACUUUUUUGAAGAAUGUGAUAGUAUUCAUAAAAUAGAUGCAUUACAAGAUAGGAAAGUGGACAAUAUUUGUAACAAGGCAUGGAAAAUAUUAUAUAAGUAUUUCCCUUUUAUUAUUAACAAUGAAAUAAACAAUACACAAAUUACUCUCAAUAACGUCUUCGCAAAUAAUGAUGACGCUGCGUUAAAUAAGGAUUUUACAUUUGAUUGA